CCGGAGGAGUGAGUUAUUAGGCCCCGCCCCAACACUUCGCUCAAUCCAACCUGAAGAUAGGGCGAGUCAGCGGCUACAAAUAUAACUGCUAACACAAGAUGGCCGGUCUGCCUCGUAGGAUUAUAAAGGAGACACAGCGGUUGAUGCAAGAGCCCGUCCCGGGGAUCACAGCUACGCCUGACGAGGGGAACGCACGCUACUUCCAUGUGGUCAUCGCAGGGCCUCAAGACUCUCCGUUCGAGGGGGGCACGUUUAAACUUGAACUAUUUCUUCCAGAAGAGUAUCCCAUGGCAGCUCCUAAAGUGCGAUUCAUGACCAAAAUCUAUCACCCCAACGUCGACAAACUGGGAAGAAUAUGUUUAGACAUCUUGAAAGACAAGUGGUCUCCAGCCCUGCAGAUACGCACAGUGUUGCUAUCCAUCCAGGCAUUAUUAAGUGCUCCUAACCCAGACGAUCCCCUGGCAAAUGACGUCGCAGAGCAGUGGAAGAAAAACGAAAGCCAUGCCAUUGAGACAGCCCGAACAUGGACCAGGCUCUACGCGAGCAACACUGAAGUAUAGAGGAAUCGAAGAGGCGUCUGAAUGUGAUCCACAAAAUGUACUCCUACUCUGUCAACCUUUGAAUUUAACGGACACAUUAAAAAAAAAGAAAUAAGUCCAAAUAUAUUUGAAAGAAAUGAGAUUUACUGCUGCAGACCCCUGGGUGACUUAUGUUUUCCUCUCUUAAGACGCGUUAAAUGUGUGUUGGCCUUUGUUUUCUUUUUUUGUUUUUCUCCGUGUUGCUAUUUAAAUGCAUGGACAAGCAUCAACACCCUCCCCAUGUCUUAAAGUACAUGCAAUAUGUUGUCCUGAGCUAGUCACAGACUGGUACGUUUGCGAAACUAUUCAUUCAUUAAAGUUUUUUUUCUUUUAACAAACCCAUCAUUUGUCAGCACAUCUGUAUGUCUUUUGUGUUUAAGCAGCGCAGAGUGAAAAAGUUUUUCUUACACAUUUAUUCAAUGAGGGAAUGUAAAACGCAUCGUCACUCUAAGGGUGGGGGGGGAUACAUUUCUAAAUUCUUACAAAAAAAUUAAGUUGGUAGAAAAGAACGAUUUAGCACCAAAAAUAAAAAUGAUAAAGAGGGGUUCAUUUCUUUUAAAUUGUCUUGAAGAUCCGUGUUACAUUAGGUUUUUAUUUUUCAAGAAUACCAAAUCUCUUCUCGCAUUCGUCCAUUUUUAUCUCUACAUUAAAAGUUGAUCAGUGAAGUAAAACGUGUGCUUUAGCCUUGAUAAUAAAAGGAAAUAUAGAAUUGGAUGCUGUUAUUUUAAGUUUUUCUUAUUUUGAGGUCAGUAAUCCUUAUAAACUCUCUGGGGAGGGUGAGCCGGGUAACUUUGUCGUGACUUACGUUCAUCCCGACGCAUCUAGAUCAACAACAGACAAAUUUUUUCUUUAAAGAAUGGUUUAGGAGUGUUGAAGAUGGCAUUUCUUACUUCUGCCACCUCUUCUAUUUCUGUUUUAAAAAGGCAUUCAUCCGGCCCAAACAUAACCAAGGCAACAUAAACCGGUUUAUAUGGUUAUUAAUAUCCUUUCUUUUGAGUCAGCCAUACUUAAUAUUGGAUCUGUCUGUGAUACUAAUGUAAUAAUUAAUGAUUAUGCAAGUGCAUUUACUUGACUCCAGAUUGGGGGGAGUAUAAGGUCAGUUUGGUAGAAGACGGUUAAUGUUAUAUAAAACAUCUCCUUUAUCACUAAAAGAUUUAGUGUUGGAUGGGGUAAACGACUUGGGUGGGAAACCGAACGAUGAUUGCUUUGGUCAGGAUGUCUCAACAGCCCAAAUCAUAUCGGGGUUAGGACUUACAACAUGCUGUAAAAUACAUUUUUGUUGUAGGGUGGGGGGGGAGGAAGAGGAAGUUAAUGUUCAAAGGUUGUUCUUUAGAUUUGUCAUCCAGUUACUAACUGCUAUGUUUUCUCUAUUUGAACAUGGAUGGCCCUAAAACAUUUAAUUUAUUGUUUUUCCAGCAGGAGUUCAUGGUAGGAAGUGGUUUAAGCAGCUAGAUGGAGAUAAUUGGAGAUCAAACUGAUAAAUCAGCUCCCCUUGUGUACUGAUACAAAGGAGUUCUGUCAAUAAUUUGAGUACAUUUGCUUACAUGGCUCUUCAAACAUGCUGUAAAUAAAAUGAGUUGAGUAAG